AAUCUACUAAACCGUUAGUUUGCCGCGUGCUUUUGGAAUUUUUUCGUGAAUUGGCGCUCUUCCGAGAAUUAAUUGUUUUUAGCCAGAAAUCAACGAAGAUUAACGCAUCCAAAAUGUACACAGCCGUCAAGCCGCUGUCCAAGUAUCUGCAGUUCAAGUCGGUGCACAUCUACGAUGCCAUUUUCACGCUGCACUCGAAGUGCACCGUGGCCCUGCUCCUGGCGUGCACCUUCCUGCUCUCCUCGAAGCAGUACUUCGGCGAUCCCAUCCAGUGCAUGAAGAACACGGACUUGGACUACUUCCAGGCCUACUGCUGGAUCUACGGGGCCUACGUCCAGUCCAAUAUCACGAAGGCGCCGUCUCUAAAUGGCGAGAUUCAGUGCCACCCGGAUGUGGUAGGCCGCUCGGUGGCACCGGGAAACCGUCGCUACAUCCGCUACUAUCAGUGGGUGGUGCUGGUCCUGCUGCUGGAGUCGUUCAUCUUCUAUUUGCCGGCUUUUCUCUGGAAGAUUUGGGAGGGCGGCCGGCUGAAGCACUUGUGCGCCGACUUCCAUCAGGCGGUGGUGUCCAAGGACAAGAGCAAGGCCCACUUGCGCGUGCUGGUCAACUAUUUCACCAGCGACUACAAGGAGACGCACUUUCGCUACUUUGUGAGCUAUGUGUUCUGCGAGAUCCUCAAUGUGCUGAUCAGCAUUGGCAACAUCAUGCUGUUGGACGUGUUUUUCGGCGGCUUCUGGUUCCGCUACAUGGAUGCCCUGGUGGCCUUGUAUGACGGCGAUUUGGACGAGUGGAACGACAUCACCAUGCGCGUCUUUCCCAAGUGUGCCAAGUGCGAGGUGCACAAGGUCGGCGACAGCGGCUCCGAUAGCAUCUACGACAAUCUGUGCCUGCUGCCGCUCAACAUUCUGAACGAGAAGAUCUUUGCCUUCCUGUGGGUGUGGUUCAUCCUGAUGGCUGCCUUGGUGGCCCUCAAGUUCCUGUACCGCCUGGCCACCAUUUUCUAUGGGGGCAUGCGCUUCCAGUUGAUGCGUGCCCGGGCUCGCUUCAUGCCCAAGUCGCACCUGCAGCUGGCCUUGCACAACUGCAGCUUUGGCGAUUGGUUCGUCUUGAUGCGAGUGAGCAACAACAUUGGCCCGGAGAUAUUCCGCAAGCUGCUGGAGGAGCUCUACGAGGCGCAGGCCCGUUGCGAGAAAAUGCCGCCCGGAGCGGACGAUGUUUGAGAAGGAUUCGUCUUAUAUUUAAUCUCAAAGUUGUACAUGAAGUAAGAAGUCCUUUAGUUUCUUUUUUCCCCACAUGACUUUUCAAAUUGAAGAUUAAGUUGACAAGAAGACAGCUAUUACUUUUUUUGAUUCAACUCUCGUAUUCAUAUUCAUAUUCAUUAUCUUAUUAUCCUUAAUCUCUCAUCGAUAUGUACUUAUUAUCGAGCAAAUUGUUAACUAAACGAAACUUAAACUAAAGCUAAGCGAAAUAUAUAGCACUUUCAUUUGUUCAGCACUAAA